CACCAAAUAAAGCAGACCACCACCUGUCAGUCUGUCACCUAUAUCGGCAGGCCUCCAGACGUCUCCAAUCUUUCAAAUCCCAGCAGAGAUGCUCACUUCUUCCAAGGCCAAGGCUACAGUGAUGAGAUCUUUAGAAGAUAUCAUGGCUUUAUUAGUCUUCAUUUUCUCUCAGGUAAACAGAACUUUACUUCUCUAUUUUCUUGAUUUUUCUCUUGCCGUGGAAGUGUCUGCCGAUCUUGAGGCUGGAGGUGCCAGAAUCUCGUCGACUAUUUCUGUCUCUCGGAUAAUGGACAACAUUGCCGGAUGCUUUGCUCAUUACAGUCAACAACCAGGAAAUGAACAUGUUCUCACCCGGCUUGGAUCCUUAAAGGCACAGGUGAAUGUCAUCAGAGAUACCCAGCAAGACAUCAAAGCCACCCAGGAAGAUCACCAUCGUCGUUUGGCAGAGAUCGACCGGGAAGUGCAGGGCUUCUACAGAGUGUGUGAUACGUUCCCUGAGCGUCAGCAGAGGGUAUUUGAUACCCAGCAAGACAUCAAAGCCACCCAGGAAGAUCACCAUCGCCGUUUGGCAGAGAUCGACCGGGAAGUGCAGGGCUUCCACGGAGAGUGUGAUACGCUCCUUGAGCGUCAGCAGAGGGUAUUUGAUUACCAGGAGCAAGUGUGUCAAGGCCAAAUUCGAGCUGUGGAGUCUUUGAACAGGACUAUUGCCGAAACACAGAGGCGGAUGGCGCCGGUGCGGGGGUGGGGGCAAGAAGUGGAUGAUGUGAUCGAAUGACUUUUUGAUUCUGCAUUUUAAUUUCUCUGUUUUAUUUAGUUGGAACAAUGUACUGGAACUAUUUGAAGUUUGGACAGAAUUGUGCUUUAUGUGGUUGGAACAAUGAAUUGGUACUGUUUGAACUCUGUUUUAACAGAUGUUCUAUGAAGUUUGGUUAUAGAGAACUGCUUGUAUU